GCGGGGCAGUCCAACAUGGGCGGCCGGGGCGGCGCCACGGUGGGCGGCCGCUGGGACGGGCGCGUGCCGCCCGAGUGCGCCUCGUCCCCGCGCACGCUCCGCCUCUCCCCUGGCCUCCAGUGGGAGGAGGCCCGCGAGCCGCUCCACGCCGGCAUCGACGUCGGCAACGUGCUCGGCGUCGGCCCCGGCAUGUCCUUCGCGCACGCCGUCCUGCGCUCCGACAGAAUACCCAGAGGCACCGUCGUGGGGCUGGUGCCGUGCGCGCAGGGCGGCACGCCCAUCGCCAGCUGGUCCCGCGGCACGGACCUCUACGACCGCAUGGUCGCCCGCGCCAGGGCCGCCGUCGCCGGGACCGGGGGCCACGGGAACCCUAAGCUCGCCGCCAUCCUGUGGUUCCAGGGCGAGACGGACACCAUCCGGCGCGAGGACGCGCUGGCGUACGCCGGGCGCAUGGAGGCCAUGGUCCGCGACGUCCGGCAGGACCUCGGCAUGCCCAACCUCCUCUUCAUCCAGGUUGGGCUCGCGACGGGGCAGGGCAGGUUCGUGGAUCUGGUGCGCAAGGCGCAGACGGCGGUGAGGGCGCCCAACCUGAGGUACGUCGACGCCAAGGGGCUCGCCGUCGCCAACGACAACACGCAUCUCACCACCCAGGCCGAGGUCCGCCUCGGCGCCAUGCUCGCCGACGCCUACCUCGCCACGCUCCGCUAAUUCACUUCCGGCGUGAUUGCUUGAUUGAUGAUUGGUAGCUCGCUCGUGUGGAUUUUUGCGUGUUUUUAGAUUUGGCUCGGCAGAUGCUGCAUGAGUGAAACCCGAAACUUGGACAAGUUUUUGCAUUUCGUUU